AUGUUUAAGCUGUGUGGACUUCAAUAUCUGCUCGUCAUUCACUUGGCUCUGUGCCAGAAUUUGGGGGACCUGCAUGUUAGUGGGCCUCUGAAGGACAUGGAUUUCUAUAUUCCAGAAGGAGGGGGAAUGCGCUUCAUUUACCAGUUCACACUUGAGCCACCUGCUGUGACUUUCAGACUGAGUGGUGAAAAAGAUGGAAUAAUUGACAUUGGGCCACGGACAGGCAUCCUGUAUCUCAAUGGGUCUCUGGACUGGGAGACCAAACCAGUGCACAAGCUGCAGGUGGAAAGUCUGGAUGAAAAGGGAGAUAAAGUAAAAGGCCCAUAUGCUGUUACAAUAUAUGUGGAGGAUAUAAAUGACAACCCACCAAAAUUUGACCAGACAAAGUACACUGGAGUAGUGAGGCAGAACUCCCGGCCAGGCAAGCCCUUCAUGUCCGUCCAUGCCACUGAUGCAGAUGAUCCUUCAACUCCCCACGCACAGCUGACCUACAGCAUUCUCCAUCAUUUCCCCAAUCCUUACACAGAAAUGCUUUUCCAGAUCGAUAACGUAACAGGCGCAAUCUCACCAAGUAAGGCAGGCUCUUAUUACUUAGAUCCUCAAAAGCAGGACACCUUCACACUCGUUGUCACUGUGAAGGACAUGGCAGGGAUGACAACAAAUGCUUUCACCAGCAGUGCUGAUGUGAUCAUCACUGUGAAGGAGAGCCUGUGGAAAGCUCCCUCCACCAUUCACCUCCAAGAAAACUCAACCACGGAGUACCCUGUUGCCAUCAGCCAGGUGCACUCAAAUGAGCCAGAUGUAAUUUAUGACCUUUUUGAAAAAGAAAAGCUGCCCAGGCUCCCAUUUUCCAUUGAUCAGAAAGGGACUAUUUAUGUGACUGAACCCCUGGACAGGGAAGAAGAUGAUAGUUAUACUUUCUUUGUGGUCACAAAAGAUAGCACAGGAGAACUGGUGGACAAGCCUCUGCAGAUUCAUGUUAUCGUAGAUGACAUUAACGACAAUCCCCCUGUGUGCCAGGAGGCUGUCACGUUAAUUGAAGUUCAAGAAAAUGAAGGUGGAGGAAGUAAUAUUGGCACCCUGAUUGCUACGGACAUGGAUGAGGAGAACACCCUUAACUCUCGUUUGCAGUUCAAAAUUGAAAGUCAGGUUCCUGCUGUUCCUGCGAGUAACCUGUUCUUCAUUCAGCAAGACACAGGGGUUCUGCAGUUAACCAGCCGCUCGUUGAACAAGCGCAUUGCAUCCAACUACUCCUUGAAGGUGCUGGUGACAGAUACAGUAUUCCAAACAAUCUGUGAAGUAGAAAUACAUGUCAUCGACAUCAAUGAUCAGAUUCCCAUCUUUGAAAAAUCAGAUUAUGACAAUGUGACUGUUGCAGAAAGUGUCCCAGUAGGAACAGUGAUAUUAGAAAUUCAAGCUACAGACGGAGAUGAACCUUUCACAGGGAGUUCCCACAUAGUUUACCAAGUGAAGGAAGGAGAUCCAAGCAACACAUUCAUCAUAGAGACAGAUCCUGAAACAAACCGAGGGUUUGUCAAGAUUAACAAGGCUCUUGAUUUUGAAACACACCCAAUGUACAACCUGGUGAUCAAUGCCACAAACCCAGAACCCUUGGUGACAGGCGUGCAGUACAACUCAAGCUCCCUUGCUUUGUUCAAAGUUUUUGUAACAAAUGAGGAUGAGCCACCUGUUUUCCACAAGACAGUUUACAAAGAAGAAGUGUCUGAAGACAUUCCUGUCAACACCCUGCUGGUGACGGUGGAGGCCUAUGAUCCAGAGGGGGAUGCUGUACGAUACUCCUUAGAAGGUGAUGUGAGGAAAUGGCUGAGAAUUGAUUCAGCCACUGGGCAGAUAUACACUGCUUCCCCUUUGGAUCGAGAACAGCAAGAAAUAUACACAGUUGAUGUUGUUGCAUCAGAGCUAAAUAACACAGCUCAGAAGUCCCAGGCAACCGUGGUCCUGCACUUACGUGAUGUGAAUGACAACCCUCCAUGGAUAGCUAUGGAUUCUCCUCCCUUCUUCUGCCACCCACUCAGUGGAGGAGAGAGAACUUUAAUUCAAGCUACUGAUGCUGAUGAACAGUAUUAUUUCUCAACAUUUACUUUUUCUCUUGCUGAUGAUAUGGAUACGAAAAGUAAUUGGGAAGUCUCGAAAGUCAAUGCUACUCAUGCUUACCUCUCUCCAAAACAUACUAACUUUGAAGAGAAGGUGUAUUAUGUUCCAGUAAUAAUUAAUGACAAUGGAAAACCGCCUUUGGAAAACAGAGUGCAUCUUGAAGUCAACUUCUGCAAGUGUUCAAGUGAAAACUCAUGUUUUAUCGAAGUAGAUCGUCAGCACUACUGGCCAACUGUUGGCCAGGCAGUUGGGAUUCUUUUUGGGGUCCUGCUCAUCAUUGGUUUAAUUGUAGGAGGUGUGUUUCUUCACAUGAAAUACAAGGAGAAAAAUGAACAGACAAGCCAUCAGAAAGACGCAAUGGAUAAGUCUGAACUCAAUAGACUCGCCUAA